AUUUCAUGGCUCGAUCAUCUGAACUCUUCUUCCUGCCUUAGCUGUGAGAUAGCAGAUGGUUUUUAAGCUACUGUAUGUCAGAACACAGGAAUGAAUCCACAGCACUUGAUGAAAUUCAUCCAGUUGGAGAAGAGGUCCAGUCUGACUCUGAGGAAGGUGAAAUGGCUCAGGAGUCUCCCAAAAAUUCAGCAGCUGAAAUUCCUGUGACGAGCAAUGGACAGCUGGAAGAUUCUCACGAGCACAGCUUUAAUAGGGACUUGAAACGUUCAUUACCAGCUGGACUUGGACUCUCUGAAACCAAAAUAACGUCUCAUGACUUUGACAGCACCAAAGAGGAAGUUGUUGAGGCAGGACCAUUUCCAGGGAAAGGUUCCUCAGCAUCACCCAAGUCAACUAUUAUAUCUGCCAGCAGUGCAGCAGCUAGCAGACUGGCUGGACAAGGUUGUGAUUUAAUUAUUCCCACAGGGGGUAGAGCUCAGCAGAAGAGUGGACCUGUUGUGUUAGCAGAUGAAGUAAAGAAUCCAGCAAUGGAGAAGUUGGAAUUGGUGAGAAAGUGGAGCCUAAAUACUUACAAGUGUACACGUCAGAUCAUCUCUGAAAAACUGGGUCGUGGCUCAAGAACAGUAGAUCUGGAAUUAGAAGCUCAAAUAGAUAUACUGAGAGAUAACAAAAAAAAGUAUGAAAAUAUCUUGAGACUGGCACAGACUCUGUCUACACAGCUCUUCCAGAUGGUACAUACCCAAAGGCAACUUGGAGAUGCUUUUGCUGACCUGAGUUUGAAAUCAUUGGAACUUCAUGAGGAGUUUGGCUACAAUGCAGAUACGCAGAAACUUCUAGCUAAAAAUGGAGAGACUCUUCUCGGGGCUAUUAACUUUUUUAUUGCCAGUGUGAAUACACUGGUGAAUAAAACAAUUGAGGAUACAUUAUUGACUGUGAAACAAUAUGAAAGUGCCAGGAUUGAAUAUGAUGCUUAUCGAACAGACCUGGAAGAACUUAAUCUUGGCCCUCGUGAUGCAAGCACUCUACCAAAGAUUGAGCAAUCACAACAGAUGUUUCAAGUGCAUAAAGAGAAGUAUGACAAAAUGCGCAAUGAUGUAUCUAUCAAAUUGAAAUUUCUGGAAGAAAAUAAGGUGAAGGUCUUGCACAAUCAACUUGUCCUGUUCCACAAUGCUAUUGCAGCGUACUUCGCUGGGAAUCAAAAGCAGCUUGAACAGACACUUAAACAGUUUCACAUCAAAUUGAAAACUCCUGGAGCAGAUGCUCCAUCCUGGCUUGAAGAACAGUAAUCAAAGAAGAGGACCCAAUGUUAACCUAAAGUCUUUAAUAAGAAUUAAGGGUUGGGGUUGGAGGACUGUUGUAGUGAUUCUUGCACAGAGAGCUUUAAUUUUUUUUUCCCUUUUAUGACAUUGUAAAACUGAAUUUGUUGGGAAAAUGGGUAACUUUAAGGUAACUAAACAUAAUUUCUAUCAUUUCAAAUACAGAGCACUCCUUUUGUACGUGAAGGCUGGUGGUUAAUUCUGUAGCUGGGAUGGGGGGAGAGGGAGGGAGGGGAAAAAAACCUACAUGGAUUUGCACUGACAAAUUAUGUUUGUGAUUUCUGGUCAUUUUGGUGGCUAGUCAGAAUAUUUCCAAAUGGAGAUUUAUGUGAUUUGUACCAACAUCUGGUAUUUUAUAGACAAAUAUAGAAAACAUCUUUAAUAAUUUUCUUAUGACUUUUAAAAAGGAGAGAGUUAAAUGAAUAUUUUGCAAAUUAAUAAUAUAAGGCUUGCAUGCAGUACAUGCGUAUAAGGCAGCAGUAGCGGUUGGCUCUGACUAGUGGAAUUGCAGCAGAUGCCUUUUAAAAAGAGGUACUUUUCCAUUAUAGAGAUAAAAAUCAACAACAACAAAAAAAAACCAACACUAAAGCAAGAAUCACUGUCAGUCUGAGGCUUCUAAGCACACAUCUUUGCUUUGCACCAAGUGGUUUGCUGAGUGAAGCCAACCAUAUGAUGUACUAAUCUCAUUUAAAAUUUUACUUUAUGGGAAAAGAAAAAACAACCAUACUAGCCUUAAAUCACAGAUAUGUGCCUUUUUAUAAGAUAAUAUUUUCAACCAGUGUACAUAAUGCAAAAACC